AUGGCCUCCGUACCCAUCAAGCCCAUUUUCAUCCCCGGCAAUGAUGAGUACCACGUCAGACUUCUCUCUGUCGAAUUGACCGGCUCGUUCUCUAACACAGACUAUAUCUCUUCAAUGAUAAAGCCUGUUACAGUCUUCACCGCACUGCCAUACAAAGGGAGUGUUCUCAAUUGUUCUCUAUCGAAUUAUCCUGCUCCUAAAGAGCUCCCGGGCCUUCUUUUGAUCUUUGAAACCCUAGAGAAACGCCAAGAAUAUCACUACAACAGUCCUCGGCGAGUAGUCAUACCCGUCACCGUUAUCUUAGAAAAUGGUAUCAGUGUAGAGGAUGAUACUUACGUCUUUCCCGUUGUAAGUAUUGAAGAAGAAGAUUGUGACGCCUGGGAGUUGCAUGCGUGUGUUUCCUCUGAGAGACCAUAUCCCAUCUCUUGCCCAGCACCAGCAGAACUGGUGUCAGAGUUGUCAAGCAUCGAAGAUGGGGAUUCUACCGACGACUCAGUGAGCGCAGAUCUGCCUAUUAAAGACCCCGAGGUAUGA